ACUUUGCGCUGUGUUUGGUUUUUAUUUUUUAUUUAUUACGCCAAAAAUAACAAAAACCCGUUUUUGGUUUCAUUUUCUUCUUCUUCUUCUUCACACACCGUGAGCAGCUGAACCUGAAACCAGAUUUUGAGACUCGUCUCUUUCAUCUCUGAUCCGGACAAAUGAGAUGGCAUCUCCACAGAAUGUCGAGUUGGAGGCUGCCAAGUUUCUGCAUAAACUUAUUCAAGAUUCUAAAGAUGAGCCAGUCAAGUUGGCUACUAAACUCUAUGUGAUACUACAACAUAUGAAAUCCAGCGGAAAGGAACAUUCAAUGCCAUAUCAAGUGAUAUCAAGGGCAAUGGAGACUGUCAUCAACCAACAUGGCCUUGAUAUUGAAGCACUGAAGUCGUCACGUCUUCCUUUGACUGGUGUUCCGCAGAUAGGAUCUUCUUCACAAGCAGUGGGUGGUGCAAAAGAUUCCAGACCAAGUUUGGCUGAAAGCGAGGCUCCCAAAAUGGAACCCUUUACUUCUGGUCGACCACCAAUUGCCCCAACUGGCGGAGCUCCUGAUUAUUAUCAAGGAUCUGUAGCUCAGAGGAGUAAUCAAUCUUUUGAUCAAGAAAGUCCAUCUAGUUUGGAUUCUAGGUCUGCUAACUCACUGUCACAAGAUAAACGUGAUACUGUCAUUUGGGACAAACAGGCGAAUCAAAAGGAUGGUAAGAAAGGUAACACAAAAAGAAAGAGGGGUGAUUCCACAUCACCUGUGGAAAUGCAUGUUGACAGUUCUUCUCUAGUAGAACCUCGCAACACUGGUGUUAAUACAAGGAAGGGGAAAAUGACCAAGACUGAACCAUCAGAUGGUAUUCCAGCUAAAAGUGGUGAAAUGACAAACUUUAGCGUGGUUCCAAAUAACAGUCAAAUGGAGAAUAUUUCAACUUUUUCUGGAAACAUGAAAACAAUGCUUAGGGCAAACCCAGAAGGUCAUCAUUUAUUGGCAAAGCAAACUGAUUCGACAAAUAUUGGCAAUCCAACGGGGCGGGCUCCAAAUUCAAAGUAUCCAGAAGACUUGGAAGUUUCCUCUGCUCAUAUUGCUCCUGGGAAGCAGCAAGGUGCAUAUGCUAGGGUUCAUGGAGGGAUGGUGGUUCCUGCUAAUGUGUCUGCAAUGAACGAACCAGUUUUCUCAAGUUCCAUGCAAUAUGGUGUUCCUCUUAAUCGUGAUGGGGGGAGUUCAAAUACUUUAGCUGAUGGGCAUCAAAUAUCUCAGAUUGGCAGGCAAAAUAGUGGCUCAGAAAUGACUAUGCUUAGACAAGGUGUUCCCCCUAGAGAUACAGGAAAAUCCCCAGUUCCUGCUGCAUCAUCUACUAUGCCUUUCAAAGAAAACCAGUUAAAACAACUUCGAGCUCAGUGCCUUGUUUUUCUAGCUUUUAGAAAUGGUUUACCGCCAAAGAAACUACAUCUUGAAGUUGCAUUUGGAACCUUUUUUGCUAGAGAAGAUGGUUCUAAUAAAGAUUCAAAUGACCCCAAAGGAAAAUCACAGUCUUUUAGUGAGCCUGGUAACAUGCCAGGUGUCAUAAUGCCAUUUGGAAGUUCGAGCAAUCUAAGACCGACUGAUAAAAAUCCUUCAGGGUCCUCUGCUGGAAAAUUUUUAGAGGCUGAAUCUUUUAUGAAGGGAACUGAUGGCACAAGAUUGUUAGAAGACAAAGGUAACCUUCAUUCUGACAUCCAGACACCUUCAGAAGACAGCAAACAUCUUGCCGCAAAAAGAGAUGUUGAGAGACGAAUCCAAGAAAGAGUCGCUGCACAAUCUUCUUCAGCUACUCCAUAUCAGCAGAAAGAUUCUUCAAGUUCAAGGGGUAUUGUAGUUGGUAACAGUAAUUUGGAUGAUAGUGACAAUGGUAUCUUGACGGCUGGAAGAGCUAACCAACCUUCUGUUGUAGGCCCUAAUAACUGGACUGGAUUUGCUGGUCCUAGCGAGGCUUCAAAGGGACCUCCACAGGUCUCUACUUCUCAACAUGAGUUACCUAUAGAAAGAAGAGAGAAUAUUCCUACUCACUUUCAGAGUGUUGUCAACAGUCGUGGUUCCUGGAAUCCCAAUUCUGUUAAUCACUUGACUUCUUAUUCUUUGAAAGAGCACUGGAAACCUGUUCCAGGGAUUGAUAGCAAUCACCACGGAGGAGUAACCACGAUGAAUGGAAAUGUAUUGGGCAAAAAUGUUUCUGCAGAGCAAGGAGGAAAUGAUAAGUUAGCAUCAGCUGAUUUGCCAUCUAAAAAAUUUACAAUGUCAGAGAGAUGGAUUAUGGAUCAGCAGAAAAAGAGGCUUCUAGUUCAGCAAAAUUGGAUGCAAAAACAGCAGAAAGCAAAGGAAAGAAUGACAACAUGUUUUCACAAGUUAAAGGAAAAUGUGAGCUCAUGCGAAGAUAUUUCUGCUAAGACAAAAAGUGUCAUAGAGUUGAAAAAACUUCAACUAUUAGAUCUUCAACGUCGACUUCGGAGUGAUUUUCUGAACGAUUUCUUCAAACCAGUUACAUCUGAGUUGGAACAUUUGAAAUCAUUUAAGAAAAACAGGCAUGGUAGGAGAGUCAAACAACUUGAAAGGUAUGAGCUGAAAAUGAAGGAAGAGCGGCAGAAACGGAUUCGUGAGAGGCAGAAGGAGUUUUUCACUGAGAUAGAAGUUCACAAGGAAAAACUUGAUGAUGUAUUCAAAAUCAAGAGAGAACGGUGGAAGGGUGUCAAUAGAUAUGUGAAGGAAUUCCAUAAAAGAAAGGAACGUAUUCAUCGUGAAAAAAUUGAUAGAAUCCAGCGGGAGAAGAUUAAUUUGCUAAAAAUAAACGACGUGGAAGGUUAUCUUCGUAUGGUGCAGGAUGCAAAAUCAGAUCGUGUGAAGCAACUCCUUAAAGCGACUGAAAAGUACCUUCAAAAGCUUGGGUCUAAGCUACAGGAAGCAAAGGCUGCUGCAGAACGUUCAGGGCAGGACGUUGAUGAGGGAGGAAGUACCAAUUUUCUUGAGAAUAGUGAAACUACUUUGGUAGACGAGGAUGAAAGUGAUCAGGCUAAGCAUUACAUGGAAAGUAACGAGAAGUAUUAUAAGAUGGCCCACAGUGUAAAGGAGAGCAUUGCAGAGCAGCCAUCUAUUCUGCAUGGCGGAAAAUUAAGAGAAUAUCAAAUGAAUGGUCUGAGGUGGUUGGUUUCGCUAUACAACAAUCAUUUGAAUGGAAUCCUUGCGGAUGAAAUGGGUCUGGGUAAAACAGUUCAGGUGAUUUCUCUAAUUUGCUACCUGAUGGAAACCAAAAAUGAUAGAGGACCAUUCCUUGUUGUUGUACCCUCUUCAGUUCUACCCGGUUGGGAGUCAGAGAUAAACUUUUGGGCUCCUAGUAUUCAUAAAAUUGUCUAUGCUGGACCGCCAGAGGAGAGACGCCGGUUAUUCAAGGAAAGGAUUGUUCACCACAAAUUCAAUGUUCUUUUGACAACGUAUGAAUAUCUGAUGAACAAGCAUGAUAGACCAAAGCUGAGCAAAGUACAUUGGCACUAUAUAAUAAUUGAUGAAGGCCACCGAAUAAAGAAUGCUUCUUGCAAGUUGAAUGCUGACUUGAAACACUACCAGAGCUCUCACAGAUUGCUGCUAACUGGAACACCAUUGCAGAACAACCUUGAAGAACUAUGGGCACUACUUAACUUCUUGUUGCCUAACAUAUUCAAUUCAUCGGAGGACUUUUCUCAAUGGUUUAAUAAGCCAUUUGAGAGUGCUGGAGAUAACUCACCCGAUGAAGCUUUACUGUCUGAGGAGGAGAAUCUCUUGAUCAUAAAUCGUCUGCACCAAGUUUUAAGACCAUUUGUACUUCGGAGGCUUAAACACAAGGUUGAAAAUCAGCUGCCUUCGAAGAUUGAGAGACUUAUAAGAUGUGAGGCUUCUUCAUAUCAAAAACUUUUGAUGAAGAGAGUGGAAGAUAAUCUUGGUGCUAUUGGCACUUCAAAGGCUCGGUCAGUACACAACUCUGUCAUGGAGCUUCGAAAUAUAUGCAAUCAUCCAUAUCUCAGCCAGCUUCACUCAGAGGAGGUAGAUCACUAUAUACCUAAGCAUUAUCUGCCACCAAUUAUUAGACUUUGUGGGAAGCUUGAGAUGUUGGACCGUGUUUUACCUAAAUUGAAGGCAACGGAUCACCGGGUUCUUUUCUUUUCGACGAUGACUAGGCUUCUGGAUGUUAUGGAAGAAUACUUAACUUCAAAACAGUAUCGGUACCUCCGAUUGGAUGGGCAUACAUCAGGAGGUGAUCGUGGUGCUCUAAUUGACCUAUUUAACAAACCUGAUUCCCCAUAUUUUAUUUUCUUACUCAGCAUUCGAGCCGGUGGUGUUGGAGUGAAUCUUCAAGCUGCUGAUACAGUGAUUUUAUUUGACACUGAUUGGAAUCCCCAGGUUGAUCUGCAAGCUCAGGCAAGGGCUCAUAGAAUUGGUCAAAAGAAAGAUGUUCUUGUUCUUCGCUUUGAAACAGUACAAACUGUUGAAGAACAAGUCAGAGCUUCAGCUGAGCACAAACUUGGUGUUGCUAAUCAGAGCAUUACUGCUGGAUUUUUUGACAACAAUACAAGUGCCGAAGAUCGAAGAGAAUACUUGGAAUCUCUUCUGCGUGAGUGUAAGAAAGAAGAGGCUGCACCUGUUUUGGAGGAUGAUGCUCUAAAUGAUGUCUUAGCCCGCAGUGAAGCAGAGUUAGAUGUGUUUGAGGCUGUUGACAGAAACAGGAAGGAAAGUGAGCUGGCUACAUGGAAGAAUUUGGUCCUAGGGCAUUCAGCUGAUGGCUCGGAUGUUAUUCCUCCCCUUCCUUCUCGACUUGUCACUGAUGAAGACCUGAAACAGUUCAAUGAAGCAAUGAAGAUAUAUGAUGAUGUGCCUAAGGGUGAAAUAGAUUCUAAUGGAGUAAAACGGAAGAGAGGAGCUCUUGGUGGCCCUGACACUCAACAUUAUGGCAGAGGAAAACGUGCAAGAGAGGUACGUUCCUAUGAAGAGCAAUGGACAGAGGAGGAGUUUGAGAAGAUGUGUCAGACUGAAACACCAGAUUCUCCCAAAGUAAAAGGGUCUGAGGUGAGCCAUCCAACCAAUACUACCGGCUCUGUUGUAUCUGCCACUGUCAAAAAACCUGCUGCUGUGCCUCCUGUGGCUCCAAUGUUGCCACCUGUUGCUCCAAUAUUGCCGUCUGUUGUCCCAAUAUUGCCAUCUGUCGAGAGUUUGCCGGUGCAGCAUGUUAAAGAGAUAACACCACCGGCAAAACGUGGCCGUGGAAGACCAAAAAGAAUUGCUUCAGAUAAGUCACCAGCUGCCGUAAUCCCUCCAGUAACUUCUAGAAUUGCUGAAGUGCAGUUACAGAAGGGAAACGAGCCUGGACAUUUAACAUCAUCUGCUCCUGAUACCGUUGGUCAUUCUGCAGAAGUUACAGGUGUGGGUGGACCUAUGCAGCAGUCUACUACAGGAGUGACUGCUAACAUACCUCCUGCCACUCCUAUGCCUACUAAUCCACUUAAUUCUCAGUCAGCUGCAACUCCUAUGCCUACUAAUACAGGACCUGUGCAGCAGUCUAAUACAGAAGUGGCUGCUAAUGUACUGUCUGCCACUCCUAUGCUUUCUCAGUCAGCCGCUGCUUCUGUACCUAUUCAUGCAAAAGGACGAGGACGGAAAACUCAGAGUGGCCGGGAAUGGCCUAGGCGUCGAGGGAAGAAGCAGGUUGUGAUGUCGCCUCCUGUACCUGCUAGUUCUGUUGGUCCUGAUGUCAAGAUCAAUGAGCAAUUGGAAGAUAAAAUAGUGAGUCCUUCAGGUCAAGUUAUUCCGCAGAGUGAAACUGUUCCUAGCGCUACUGCUGUACACCAUCCAACUGCUGUUUCAGUUUCUGCUUCAAACUGUGGAAACGAUAAUUUGGGUGUUGAUGUUGUUUUGAAUUCUCAGCUACCCCUCCUUCCCUUGCCCUCUGUUACUACUCUGUCUCCAACUGUCCCCAGUGAUCCAUCUGUACAGAUGCAAAGUAAAGGGCAAAUUGGAAAGUCACAAGUUGGAGCUGGAACUCCUCGGCGCAGGGGAAAGAAACAGGCAACAAUGUCACCUCCUGUUCCAGUGGUCUUAGGUCUUCAGAGCAUGGAUCCAACUUCUAAUUUACCAACCUCAUCGGACGCUGUAUCAGGCGAUAAAAGAACUGAAUUAAGCAACUUGCUGGAGAACAAUGUUCAAGAAUCAAAAUGUAUCAUCCAGGAUCAAGCGUCACAGAAUAAUCAGGCUUUAAAAACAUUGGACGAAUCAGAUGAUUUAGCCAAGCAGGCAGUGAUCUCGCCUUCGUGUGAAGAUAGUACAGUCAAUUCUCAAGGGCAAGAUUUAGAGAAGGUUAAGAAUGCUGAUGUUCAUGAUUCUUCUGUGAAGAUCAACUCAUCUGAAACCACCCCUUCUAAAAUUGCAGUUUGCGAUAAUUCAGAGAAUGAAAGUUUAUCUGUCACAACAUUGGCUACUACUGAGGUUACAAAAGAUCAACAUUCAGAUGAUAAAAUUCAUCAAACAGCUGUAGCUUCAAAAAUCUCUCCUUCGGUUGUCGACCCUCAAACUAAUUCCUUGGCUGGUAGUGCAACUACAGAAAGCAUUAGCCAAUCUGUAGAUCCUGUGACUGCAAAGAUUGUUCCCAGUACAUUAACCACUGUUUAUCCUUCACCACCAGGCUCUGAAUCUAAUCCAAGCUCAUAUGAAUCUGUGUCAGCCAAAAGGCAAGGUCGUAAAACUCAAAACAGACUGGAGCCACCACGACGCCGGGGAAAAAAAUCAGCUCCGGCUUUACCCGUUGCUUCUGAUGCUCUUAUUGGCCAAGAUCCUAAAUUAAGUCAUCAUGCCCAGAUUUCACCAGUGAAUUCACUGGUGGGUAUAGACACUUCAAAUGUUACUCAAGCUAAGGCUUUGGAGGUCCUUUUGCCCAGUGGAGUAGCUAAUGAUUCCAAAAGAAAACAGAGAACCACCAAUCCUGCCCAAAAUAAGCAACAGAAAGUUGCAUCGCCAAGGAUUGACAGUGCACCUGUAUCCUCAGAUAAGGUUGCUCCUUUUGGCCGAAUACAAAAUGUCAAUGAUGUUGCAAGGGUAAUGAAGGAAGUUUUCUCCGGAACUUGCUUGCCAAAGCCUAAAUCUCAUGAUCCUAUUGGGAGCGAAGAUAGAAACACGCCUUUUGUACAUGUGACAACUAAAGCUGCCGCGGAUGCCUCUGGUAGCCAGAGUGUGGAGGAUAAAGCAUGUUCUGAUAUAGAAACUGCUGGGGUAGUGUGUCAAACUGGUAAUGUUGCAGUGAAUGUUGAUGAAAAACAAUCAGAAGGGGAAGGGGCAUCUGAUAUGCAGAAUUUGGAAGGAAAGCCAAGUUUAGAUGCGCCAACUACUGGAGCACCGAGCCUGGCACCUGCCAUGCCAGUGAAGGGGAACAAGCAAGAAUCCGACAUUGCAUCUGAUAAAAACAUGAUUCUUGAGAACAUGGAUCUGCCUAAUGUCAGUAAGCCUGAAACUAUCUGUUCUGGUGAAGUUAAAGCAAAGGCUGAACAGACACAAUAUUAUAUUGAAAACUCGACUACUAAGAGUGAAAUGGAGGCUCUUGAUAUAACUCCUCUUAAUGAUGAGCAAAAGAUUGAUGGUUCUUCUGAGAGGCUUCGUACUAGUGGUUGCUGUACUGAUAUAAGUAUAGAGACAGCCCCCCAUGAGAUAGGUUUAUCUGCGGCUUCUCCUGUUGCUGAGCCUCCUUUAGUGGGUGAUCAUAAUCUUGGAAGCCAAUCUGACUCUUUAGAGAAGUGUUCAAGAUCUUCUCCUGUUGCUAUUGAUGGCACAGGAUGCUCAACAAAUCCUCUGGGACCGGAAAUUUAUAGCAAUAAUCCCGAGUCUAGUCAGGCUGAUAUCUGUGUUCAGAGUCAUUUAUCUGCAAACGAAGCUCCAGAUAUUAUAGAGAACACUUCUAAUGAAAAGUUGGAGCCUUCUGAACCAUCGUCAUCUUUUGCUUGUGCUGAUAACACUAGUUUAUUUGGUCAGGCUGAAAUUUUGAGUGAUCAACCAAAAGUGACACCACCUAGUCCUGCAGUCGAUCCUCAAUCAAGGACAAUAGUAAUUUCUACUAUUUCUGAAAGUGCUGAAAUUAAUUCUAGAAGUGAAACUGAGUCAUCUUUAAAAGCAUCUGCUGAACUCUCUCUUGGAGAGGGCAUUGUUGGGGAUAAAAUUUCUGCAUCAGGCACCGAGCCUCCGAGUUUGAGCUUGGAUCCUGCAUCACCUUCUGAACCAUCUUCAAAAUCACCAGAACCCUCCAUGAAGCGGGGUUCAGAGUCAGCUUCUGAAAAGGAAGGUUCUGUAAGCCCCAAAGCUGUUCAAGCUCAGAAGCACCUAGAUGCAUUAGAACCGUCUGAUCUGCGCGAGACUCCGCUGGUUGAGAGCAUUUCAGAGUCCCUCGUCCAGGAAAGAAGGGAUAUAGAUGAUUCCGUAAGUGAAGUUGUUGUGACCGAUACAGUGGGUGUUUCUGGUCUUGGGGGAGAAACUAUGUCUGAAACUGCGGUUCUACCCCCAUCAACCUUGGUAAAAGAACAAAAUAACGGCUCAGUCCCUCUGGAGAAGUCAAUGGACAAGGCUGUGGCUAACUGCUCUGGAGUCCAGGAGGAAGCAAAAGUUGAUAAAGUGGAAACUGAUGAUCCAAUUGAUUCAUCCACAAGAGGCAUAUAUACUAGUUCAUCAUCAGAUGAAUUGAAAGAUUCUAAAAUCGAGCAGGGCGAUGACUGUAUAGUUGAAGUUGGAGAUGAAUUGAAAGAUUCUAAAAUCGAGCAGGGCGAUAACUGUAUAGUUGAAGUUGGAGAUGAUACAUUGAAGAGCUCAUCUCCUUUGGUAAAGACAGAAGUGGGGACCAGUUCAUCAGGUAAUGAUUGUUCAGAAAGCCAUUCAAUGCCUCUGGGGGUAUCAUUGUGCUCUGAUGACUCAUUUGGUAAACCGGGUGUUCCUCAAGUUGAUGAAUUAAUAACUGUCCCAGACACUGUUCGUCUUUCAUUGUCCCAAUUAAAGGAUGAAGAAAAUGUCGGGGUAUCUGAAAGUAAAUCAGUUGAACUGUCUGAAUCCCAGAAUGACACGGAGGGAUCCAAUGCAGAUCAGAGAAAUUGUUCUGAUAGGUUGCAAUCUGGCCAUCUAGUGACUGUCAGCCAUACUAGUGAGGAUGCAUUGUCAAUGAAAGGCACAAAAUUAGAAGUUGAAAUUAGCGAUAAAAUAAAUGCUACUCCCAUUUCUGAACUUGAGGGUGAUCCAGAAAGGCUUACAUCUAAAAACAUUGACGCUCUUCCUUUUUGCUCGCUGGUGAAGGAAGAUAAUGAUGUGUUAAUUCAGGACGAACAAAAGGAUCCUUUGAUUCUGGAGGGAAGUUGUACAGAUGGCACCAAGGUGCAGGAUUCCAUUGUCAGUCCUUUACCACAGGAGAAAUCAGAAUGCUCUGAAGCUGAGAUGGUUCAUCAAAUAAAGGCAUCAGACUGUGACAUGGUUGAUCCAGGAUUGACAUCCAAAAGCAAGGAAUUAACUUCUUUGUCAGUGAUGGAGGAAGAUAAAGUUGAUGCAUCACCCGAAAGGGAUGUCCUCUGCAACCCACUUGCUGCUACAGAAAAUGAAGAGAAUCAAAUGGAUGAUAAUGAGGAAUCAAAGCCUUUAGAAGUUGAGACUGGUCAUCAAAUCGAGGCAUCUACAGAUAUUUCUGAAAGCAGUGCUGCUGAGAUUGCAAAUGUAUCUCAAGCUCCUAAUUCCUCAGCAUCGGUCGAAAAGGAGGAAGGCUUAUCUGAGAAAGGUGUAGAUGAAAGCACAGCUAAAAUGCAGGCUGAUGUAGGAGAUGGAAUGGAUAUUUCAUCUGUAUGCUCUUCAGCAGCAGUGAGUGAGCUUGUUGAGUUGUCUGAGAAGGAUUCAAUUGGAAACUCUGAAACUGAUGUAACUAAAGAGAAAGAUGAUGUCGCACAAGAAGAAAAUGCACCAAGAGACUGAGAAAUGUAACAGUAAUCAAAAGUGUAUGAAAUUCAUGAUCAAAGGAACAUUGUUCGAAGUUCAGAUUGUAAAUGGAAGUGCCCCUGAAGAGCAGAGCUUGUAUGAGAAAGAAGCCCUGGAAUAUGAAACUGAGAAAUGAAAUCAGUCCCUGUAUAUAUUAUAUUAUAUAUCAUAUGUAGGUGUUAUGUUGUACAUAUAUAUGUUGUAAUUUAACUUCUAUUUAUAUCCCACUGGUUUAACUGAGUUGAUAUAUCAGGUCCAACGACCAACAUUCAUCUAAGCAGUCAUUUUUGCCGCGACACAUUUGUUGAAACAGUAUCACAACAAUUUUAAUGGCAUUAAUUAUUCCAAGGUUAAUUUUUUUCAAA